ACAAGGAAGAAAGUUAAAAGCUUGAAAGAGAGGAAACUGAAGAAAAGAAGGCAGAAAGAACAAAUUUUGAUCCUUUUUGGUUUUUGUUUUUUUAUUGAAUUUUGAGCGGUGAGAGCGAGAAAGGACUUAUUGAAAAAUAAUCAAAUUAGUUGUCGUUGGUUCUUUCUCUCUAGGGUUUCUUAAUUUCUCAACCAUGACGGUGUAUUUUCCAGGAAGAUGAGGCGUUUGUUCUCCGCGAAGUAGUUGUUCCUUUGAAUUUUCUCGGGAGAAGGAUUUCUGUUGAUGCCAUAGCAGAAAAAAGUCCGUAGAGAGAAUAGAGAUACAGAGAGGGAAGGAGGAUGGCUUUAUCUUUGUCUCUGUCUUCGUCUUCGUCUUCUGCUUCGGCGACAGUAGCAGUGGACAAGGCGACGAGCGAUCUUCUGAUGACUCCUGAUUGGACUAUAAACAUCGACAUAUGCGAUUCCGUCAAUUCCCAUCAGUGGCAGGCGAAAGAUGUUGUGAAAGCUGUGAAGAAAAGGUUGCAGCAUAAGAACCCGAAAGUUCAAUUCCUGUCUCUGACGCUCUUGGAAACAAUGGUGAAGAACUGCGGUGACUAUGUCCAUUUUCAAAUUGCUGAGAAGAAAAUACUGGAGGAGAUGAUCAAAAUUGUUAGAAAGAAGGCAGAUAUGCAAGUGAGAGAAAAAAUCCUUGUAUUGGUAAACUCAUGGCAAGAGGCUUUUGGGGGGCCUGGAGGAAAACAUCCUCAGUACUACAUGGCAUACGAGGAACUAAGGCGUUCUGGGAUCGAAUUUCCCAAGAAUUCUUUAGAUGCAGCUCCAAUUUUUACACCACCGGUAACCCAUCCAACCCUGGGACACAAUCGAGCAGGAUAUGGAAUGCCUAGCAAUUCCUCAAGGAGGCUUGAUGAAACAAUGGCAACGGAAAUGGAAAGUUUGAGCUUGUCAGAUUUGGAUUCUAUGCGGAAUGUUAUGGAGCUUUUAAGCGACAUGCUACAAGCUGUGAACCCAAGUGACCGUGCUGCUAUAAAAGAUGAAGUUAUAGUUGAUCUUGUCACCCGUUGUCGCUCCAACCAGAAAAAGCUGAUGCAGAUGUUAACUACAACUGCAGAUGAGGAACUUCUUGGUCAGGGUCUUGAAUUAAAUGACAGUCUACAAAGUUCGCUUGCAAGACAUGAUGCUAUAGCUUCUGGGUCCCCCCUGCCAACUUUAAUUGCAAAUUCCAGUCCCAAACCCUCUGAAGCAUCUGCCUCCAACCCUAAACCGAGUGUAGAAGUAAGCUCUAGCUCAAGACCUAAUGCUAUAAAACCAGUUCCUGCUAUAAAGGGGGCCCCAAUUGAUGAAGAGGAGGAAGAGGAAGAUGAAUUUGCACAGCUUGCUCGAAGGCAUUCUAAAACUCAGCCCAUGCAUUUUCAAAGCGCUGGAACCACUGAAAGUCUGUCAUCGAAUACCAGCCUUUCAACAUCUAUACCUGCAGCCUCAACCUCUGCCCCAUGUAAUGCAUUAGCACUGCCUGAUCCACCUGCACAAAUUAGGACUACUAAAGAACAAGACAUGAUAGAUCUUUUGAGUAUUACCUUGUCGACGGUGCCAGCUUCCCCGCAUACUCCUCACACUCCAUCAGUCUCUAACGAAAACAAGAAUCAGAUACCUAUUUCCAGCGCUCAAGGUUAUCCCCAUGCUUCCCAAACGUAUCCUGGGAACCAAGGGAAAUUGCCCUAUAAUAGUUAUGUUGUUCCGUGGGCCCAACCACAACCACAACCUCAAAGCUUUCAACAGGUUCAGCCUCAGCCUCAACCUCAACCUCAAAGCUUUCAACAAGUUCAACCUCAGCCUCAAUCUCAAGGCUUUCAACAAGUUCAACCUCAGCCUCAACCUCAUCCUCAAAGCUUUCAACAAGUUCAACCUCAGCCUCAACCUCAACCUCAACCUCAUCCUCAAAGCUUUCAACAAGUUCAACCUCAGCCUCAACCUCAACCUCAAAGCUUUCAACAAGUUCAACCUCAACCUCAACCUCAAAGCUUUCAACAAGUUCAACCUCAACCUCAGCCACAAAGCUUUCAACCACCUCAACCUCAACCUCAAACUCAAAGCUUUCAAAACGUUCAACCUCAACCCCAGCCACAACUAAAACCCCCAUCCCAGACACAGUUGCAACCUCAAUAUCAGUAUCCUUCUGGCUAUCCUCCUCCGCCCUGGGCUCCAACCCCUGGUUAUUCCAACAACCAGAAUCAUGUGUCUGCAACCAAUAUGUUUUUGACCCCACAAGCCAAUACGGCUGCGUCACAUGCACCCAUACAAGGGACUAGACCCUUGCAGCAUUAUAGCUCUUUUCCCUCAAGAGGAAUCAAUGGGUCUUCUAUUCAUGGAGAUCCAUGGGCGAGUGCAGGACCUAAGAUCCCUGCCUCUGCUCCUGCCCCUGCCCCUACAACAGGACCAAAGCCCUUUGUUCCCUCGUACAGAUUGUUUGAAGAUCUUAAUGUUUUUGGCAAUGUAACCAGUGGCAGCACGUCAUCUACCCUGUCAGGAAGUUCUGGCCAGAGUAUGGUUGGUGGGAGAAAGUGAAAUGCUAAUGGUACAGCUUGCUGAAGAGGAUAUAUACCCCUGCAAAUAUCGUAUAUGCCAGCAUCGGUGUCUUCUUUGAGUUCAAAAUGUAUUGUAAGUUCUUCAGAUACACGCAUAAGUUUAUGAUUCUCUUUGAUGGUCGCUAUUGGUGUGUAGCUUGAGACUGAUAGUUCACAGAAGUUGUAAAAUUCAUUCAGAGUCGUUGCUAUGUAUUUGGUUAUCGUGGCUUUGCCCCCCACAUAAUGAACGUUUCUUAGAUAAGCUU